AUGGUGAUCGUGCCUGAAUUUCAAGCUCUUAACAAUGCCUUUCUGGAGAAUGUCAUUCGAGUAGUGCUAUGGUCAAUGAGUUCUGGUGAAGCAGAUACAGAAACAUCCCCACUCGGAGGGGCGAAUGGAACUAUAGAGAGAACUGUGCCGACUCCACCAGUGUCAGUUGCCCAUGUACCCAGUGAAGUUCUUGUUGCAAUGCCAGUUCUACCCCAGGCAGGAAAUAUAAUCGUGGGACCUGGAGCAAAAAAGGAAGCUCAGUUGUUGGGCCUUGGUCUGAUAAAGUUGCGUUCUAAGCAGAAAGAUUGGUUGGCUGAUGCAAAAAAAUAUGCGAAGGAGCAGUCAAUCAAACAAGUACUAUUAAGGCAGACUGUCGCUCAUCAACAAAAUCAACAGAAAGUGGCAAUGUAUGCGCAGGCUUUAUCUCUUAUGGCUCGUGUGUAUAUUGGCUCGAUAAGUUUUGAGGUUCGUGAAGAAAUGAUCAAGAAUUCAUUCGGUGUAUUUGGUCCUAUAAAAUCCAUAAAUAUGAGCUGGGAUGCCGUAACAGGGCAUCAUAAAGGAUUUGCCUUCUUGGAGUACGAAAUACCGGAAGCUGCUCUUUUGGCUCAGGAAUCCAUGAAUGGCGUUCUGAUGGGUGGACGCAAUCUCAAGGUUAAUGUUCUAGUCAGUUUUAAUAUCAAUGGAUCACUUAUAGCUUUAUCGAGUGGUCGCAAUUUGCAGUCGGAAAUGAGGCCUUCGAAUAUGCCACAGGCGCAACCAAUCAUUGAAAUGGUCAUGCAAGAAGCUAAAGCUUAUCAUCGUGUUUAUGUUGCAUCUGUACAUCCUGACCUUUCGGAGUCUGAUCUCAAAAGUGUUUUUGAAGCAUUCGGUGAGGUUACGAAAUGUCAAUUAGCGAGAGCUACGGGACCUAAUGCUGGUAGUGGGCAUAGAGGUUUUGGCUACCUUGAAUUCAAUAACGCGGCGUCAGCAACGGAAGCUAUUGCUGGCAUGAACAUGUUUGACCUUGGCGGGCAGUAUCUGAGAGUGGGUAAAUGCAUUACACCACCAGAUGCACUUACAUACAUUGUUCCGACAUCAGCUAUAAAUUUGCCUACAGCAGCUGCUGUUGCUGCAGCAGAAGUUACGGCUAAAAUUCAAGAACAGGAAAUGAUUGCCAAGAAAUCGCCGGUGAGUUCACCGAAAGUAAGUUUUAAUGAAUAUUUAAUUGUAUUAAUUUUGAAGAAUCUAAUCAUUUUUUUGCAGUUGAUUGGUGGAAGUUUGCCGUCUGUUUCGUCGUCCCCUAAUUUGGCAUCAGUUACUCAAUCAAACGUCGUUACGCCUGUACCUCCCGUUGGCGUCGCAACAGUACCACCUUUACUAUCAACUUCAUAUAUAUCUCCUAGCAUAUCGCCCUCACUUGUCUCAUCGCCAUCACACGCAUAUGUUUCCACUUCCUCCCUGGCUUCGAUACCGCCUCCACCAUUGCCUUCAACAGUUCCUUCUACACCUGUGUUGUUGCAGUCAACAAAUACUUCUAAUAGUCGUCGUGGUUUUGGUGGAUUUGCUACACAGUCUCCUCCAGUUCAAGUUGUUAACAUACCGCCCCCUCAAAUUAUUGAUGCACCGUUGCCUCCAGUCAGCGCAAUUCCUACUCCACCGCUGCCUGCUAACUCGUCAACACCUCUUCAAAUUGCACAAUCAACUUCCUCAAUAAUAUCACGUAUUAACGUAGAUGUUGUACCGAAACAGAAAGCAGCUGAGCCUGCAACUUUUGCUCCAUUACCAGCUAAUAUUGCUCCAGUUAAUAAAAAAAAGUAUUCUCGCAUUAUUUUCAUUUUUAGUGCUGUACCACCUCUAUCAUUGAAGCAACCUGCCCUCACGCAAGGUUUCGACGAUAGUACGGACUCAAUGGCGCUAGUUUUGUUAGAUAGUUGUAUACCUCGAAUGGAUUUAGAAAAAGCUAAUACUAAGGAAAAAUCAAAACCUGAUGAUCGGUCAUAUCAAAACAAAAAGAAGAAGAGCAAGAAACUAGUGCCAAAUCUUCUUAAAGGACCUCAGUUAAAUACCCCUCAAGCACUAGAAGCUGCAAGCAGAGCUGGUGAGCUGAAUGAUCAGAUGCUUUCACAAGCAGUGAAUUCUGAUGAUGUUUCUUUGGCAGCACAAGAAGGACUUGAAAUUAGAGGUAAUGAUGCUCGUCACUUGCUGAUGCAUAAAUUAAUGAGAACAAACAGGUCAACUGUACUUGUGUUGAAAAAUAUGGUGACCCCGAAAGAAAUCGAUGAUGAAUUGGAAGAUGAAAUACGCGACGAAUGUAGCAAAUAUGGUGAAGUACAGGAAGUCGUAAUUGCUCAAGAUCCAUCCAAUGAAAGUGUGAAAAUAUUUGUUCGCUUUGCGGACUGUAGAGAAGCUGAUGUUGCGCGUCAAGCUCUUGAUAAACGAUUUUUUGCAGGUCGUGAAAUCUCUGCUCAGAAUUAUGAUCAGCUGUUAUUUGAUCAUAACGAUUAUACAGGUUGA